UAACACACAUGCAAAGUACAAACACAGCCCCACUUCCAUCACCAUGGCACCACUCACCACCACCGCCGUCCUCUUCCCUCUUCUUCUCACUCUUUUCCUCUUCUCCUCCACCUCCACCUCCCACGCCCACAACAUCACCCGCAUACUUGCCAAACACCCGCAAUUCUCAACCUUCAACCACUACCUCACCGUCACCCACCUGGCCGCCGAAAUUAACCGCCGUCAGACCAUCACCGUCCUCGCUCUCGACAAUGCUGCCAUGUCAUCACUUCUUUCAAAACAAUACUCCGUCUAUACUCUCAGGAACGUUCUCUCGCUCCAUGUCCUCACCGACUACUUCGGCUCUAAGAAGCUCCAUCAGAUAACCAAUGGCACUGCUUUGGCUUCCAGUAUGUUCCAGGCCACCGGUUCAGCUGCUGGUUCGUCCGGUUACGUUAAUAUUACUGAUAUUAAAGGAGGCAAAGUUGGGUUUGGCACUGAAGAUAAUGACGGCAAGCUUGGUGCUAGUUACGUCAAGUCUUUGGUGGAGAUGCCCUACAAUAUCUCCGUUUUGCAGAUUAGCCAGUGGAUAUACUAUACAGAGUUUUAG